AUGAGGCUCCCCGGCCGGCCCUCAACGUUUCGUCGCUACAUUGUGGCGGCGUUCUUGUUGACCCUGACCUUCUACCUCCUACCAAAAUCGGACACAAUAGCAUUCUUGGUCGGGCGCAAGCAAGGCGCCAACAAGCACCCCAUCGAUCCUCUCAUCCGGACCGCCGAGAACGAGUUCGCAGCCAAGCUCUCCAAGUCGACGCAAACCCUCGCAGCCGCCGCCGCCGCCUACCGAAAGCGCCGAGGUCGACACCCCCCACCAGGGUUCGACAAAUGGUACGAGUUUGCCACCGAACGAGACGCUAUCAUCGUCGAGGAUUUCUGGGACCAGAUCUACCAUGAUCUAGAACCGUUCUGGGGCGUCCCGCCCGCCAGGAUCCGCAAGGAUGCCCUCAAGUUUGACAUGCGUGUCCAGAUUCGCAAUGGCAAGGUGUCGACAGGUAGCGACUGGUGGUGGACCCAGAUCUGGCUCAAGAUGAUCCAGACUGUCGAGCACCUGCUACCGGAUAUGGAUCUUGCGUUAAACCCUAUGGACGAGCCGCGUAUGAUGGUACCAUGGGAGGAUAUAGAUGAAUAUAUAAAGAAGGCGGCGAAUACGAAGAGGAUCGUCAAUGUUGAGAGUGUAGUAUCUAGCUUCAGCACACAAAUGCUGGAAGCGCCUCAGGAGGAUCAUAGCGAUGUACCGCCCGUACAGUGGGAGCAUGAUAAGCACUACUGGCUUAUCGCGCGUCGCGGGUGCCCGCCUGAUAGCCCAGCCCGCCAAGCUGAGGUUAUUACCGACUUCGAUAAACCGCCGUCUAUCGCUAGCCCAUUUAGCCUUACACACAUGAAAGACGGCUACGUGGCCAACUAUACCCUCAGCACCGACUUCUGCCACCAGCCAGACCUACAAGGGCUCGAGGGCAUCUUCGUCGAGCCGAUCAGUGUCUCGACAACCGCAUCACUGAUCCCCGUCUUCGGCGGCUCCAAGCUCUCCCGCAACAACGACAUCCUCCUCCCGGCGCCCAUCUACUGGAGCGAAGAAGAGCGCUUCUUCGGCACCGAAGCCGCCGCCACCCCCUGGGCCUCCAAACACACCUCGGCCAUCUGGCGCGGCGUGGCCACCGGCGGCCGCAACCGCGAAAACAACUGGCGCGCCUUCCAGCGCCACCGCUUCGCCGCCAUGAACAGCCCCAGGCUCCUCGCCCAAGCCGUCGCCGCCGCCCAAACCGAACAACCCCCGCCCAACUUCGCCCUCCCGGACAAACAAUACCCGCUCCCGGCCGCGGCGCGCGCCGACCUCCCCGGCUGGAUCGCCAAGACCACCGACAUCGCGCUGACCGAGCUGGCCUGCGGCAACACGGGCUUCUCGCCCUCGUGCGACUACACGGCGCCCUACUUCACCCCCGUCAAGGGCGUGCCCAUGGCCACGCAGUUCACGCACAAGUACCUGCCGGAUAUCGAUGGCAAUUCUUUCAGCGGGCGGUAUCUCGGUUUUUUGAGGUCGACGAGUGUUCCAAUAAAAGCGACGUUGUUCCGGGAGUGGCACGAUGCGCGGCUGGUCGCGUGGAAGCAUUUCGUGCCGAUGGAUGGGCGGUUUGGGGAUUGGUGGGGGAUUUUGGGGUAUUUUUUGGGUGGUGGUGGUGGGGGGGAGAAGGGAAGGGGGGAGGAGGGGAGGGAUAGCGUGGGUGAGGGGAUUGCGGAGGCCGGGAGGGAGUGGGCGGCGAAGGUGCUGAGGAAGGAGGAUAUGUCUGUUUAUGUGCUGAGGUUGUUGUUGGAGUAUGGGAGGGUUAUUGAUGACAAGAGGGAGGUGUUGGGGUGGGUGGGGGAUCUGAGGGACGAAUUUUAG